AUGCUUGCGCCGGCAGCUGGGAAUGUGAGCUUGAGAACAGUCAGCUCAAGCCGACCACAGCUGAUUCGCACCGAAUCGCAACAAUCCGCUGCGGCUUCAGACGAUUACUACUCCUUCUCCAGCCGCACACCCACCAGCCGCUCAGCGAGCGGCGGCAGCCGAACUACAGUAGUGCGAUAUGCAACACCGAACUCCCAUCCCGUAUCGCGCACUUCAUCCCCGGCCGUGUCUCGAACGCUCCUAGCGCCGCCCGCUGCUCUUUCGCGUGCAGAACACAGCCCGAUACGACAAGCGGAACAGCGAGAAACCUUCGUGACGCAGAUCGACAGCACAACCCAGUCAUCCGAGGGUAGAAACGCUCAUCUCGGCUUAUCUAUGGACGGGGCCAGCAGUGAGCCCGUAAGGGACAGCUAUGCGGGGCGAGAGCCGACGCCGGGGAUGGACGAUUCGCCGUACAUUCGGUUUGCUAUCAACCAGCUCACCCGAGAAGGAGAGGACGAUGAUCCGAGAAGGUCUGAAGAAAGCGGGUAUGAAUCGACCCCUCCCGAUCGUUUGGUCUGGGACGGCAGCUUGGGCCAUUUUGUUCGCGCCGUGACGCCUGCACCGCAGCAGCAAUCACCGCAGAGGGACCCGCAGACUUCAGUAGACCCGGAGGCAUUUGUUGCCAUUGAGCCACCAGAGGGGAACCUUAUCUACCCAGCGCUGGACUUUGUGCCUGUUGUGCUUCGGCCGUGGGCGCUUAGCAUAGCUAUCUUUUGUGUUCUGCUGAUGAUCGCUGGAAUUGCGUUCAGCAAUGUUUGGUCCGAAGACCACGACGGGGUCUGGGGGUACAAUGGACGGAGUGGUGCGCGGUACUUUGUUGUGCAAUUUCUCCCGCAAAUUCUAGGGAUCAUUAUAUCGAUUUCGACAUUCGUUAUUCAGGCCGCUGUAUAUCGCGCAAUGCCUUUUGUGAUUAUGGCGUCUGAGCGGCCGUACAAAAGUGUCUUACAGGGUCUGCCGAUUGUGUCAAAGAGUUUCUUACUGCCGGACUUUUCGCAUUUCAUGCAUGGCGAGGCGUUAGUGGGGUUUUCCUUGCUCACAAUAUGGAUUUCCAACUUCAUCGCGGUGCCACUACUGAGCUGCUUCUUCCAGGUAAAAUGGUUUGUUAUAGAUGGUGAAGGAAGUUGGCGCUGGGCUGCAGUAAGGCCUGUUGGUUGGACAUUGAUAGCGGUUUACGGUCUGCUCGCAAUAGGGCUUCUAACGCUAUUGCUACGGUUCCUUCGCACCUGGUCGGGAUUGAUGUGGGAUCCUGUUUGUCUUGCAGACUUGAUCACCAUCAUCCAGCGGUCGAAUGUGCUGCCUGAUUUUGAAUAUACGGAGACUGCUACCAACGUCGGCGAAUUGUUGAAGUCGAGACCACUUCGACUGGGCUAUUGGCAGCUCUCUCAGGGACGACACCCGGAGAUCUUUUACGGUAUGGGAGAAGCUGGCGGAACAGUUGGUAACCCAUCCCUGCAUACUCCGCCUAGAAACAGCCGAGAACAUUUGUCAAAAGUCUCGUUUGAUGCCGAGAGACAAAGCAUGACUGGCAAAGAUGGGUACGAAGAACUUUAUUCGUCGGCUGUUCGCUACCGAUGGGCGCCAUGGUUUUUACGGAAGCCAGCUGUUAUUGUGUGGACUGUGAUAAUCUGUGCGCUAUUCGUUGCAUUUGUCGUUGUCAGUUUCGUGAACGGUGGGGUUGAGGAAGGCUUCCCUCCACAUCUGUCGACUAGGCCGUCGUCAACCGCCUUUUCGUCCUCUAAUUUCCUAUACAGUUUCAUUCCAGCCCUGAUCGGGAAUCUUUUGUUCCUUGCUUGGCAACAUAUCGACGUCUACUUCCGUGCGCUGCAGCCUUAUGUCAUGCUGUCUUCUCCCGAGGGUGCCACUGCGGAGCAGAGCUUAUUGCUGGCAUAUUCUUCCCUCCCACCUCUGCAUGUCACCAUCACGGCGAUCAUCAACAAACAUUACAAAGUCGCCUGGAUAUCUCUUUUGAGCGUCCUCUCUGGUGCCAUUCCGAUUUUGGCUGGCGGCGUCUUUAUUGCCCUUACCUACCCAGAGAACACGAUUAAAAUCACGCCGCUAAUGUCUGCUUUUUACGCCAUCGUGGCGUUCUGUGCCAUUUAUACGGUUUCUUUUCUGGCUGUCUGGCCCGGACGCCGUCGCUAUCUGCCUCACAGCAUCAGCACCCUAGCUGAUCAAAUCAGUUUCCUAUACCAGAGCCCUCUGCUUUCGGACAAGCUCUUGCGGGAGCCACGCAGCAAGACCGACCUUGUCACCCGGUUAGUUAUCGCGCCGCCAGGGAACAAGGAUUAUCCCACGUACGGUUUUGGUAUUUACGUGGGUCGUGAUGGCAGAGAGCAUCUCGGUAUUGAUCGGUACAGUCGACCGGGUCGGGCCGAUAUGCUUAUUACGACGAAUUCGAUGAAGUAA